AUGGAAGAUCAGAACUGUGAGCAGCAACAGAUCACUAAGCACUCGUACUUUCUUCGGGCCAAAGGGCCUCAAGCAAGCCCACUCAAUAACGAAUUAGUCUCGGAUAACGAAGAAGAAGAGGAGGAUCUUGCCAACUGCCUCGUCAUGCUAUCAAACCGCCAGCUGGACGAGAAAGGGCCCGCCUUCCAAUGCAAGGCCUGCAAGAAAAUAUUCACCUCCCACCAGGCGCUGGGCGGCCACCGGGCCAGCCACAAGAAGGUCAAGGGCUGUUUUGCGGCCCGGCCCGAAGUUGCGGAAGAUUCGGGCCGGGCCGAAGACGGGCUCAUCACUGCGGCCCGGCCCGCAAAGAGGGGGAAGAAGAUGCACGAGUGUUCGGUCUGCCGCAGGGUUUUCACCUCUGGGCAGGCCUUGGGAGGGCACAAGAGAAGCCACUGGCUGACGAACUCAGCAGACAAUGCUUUCGUCACGAGUUUUCAGUAUGAUGAUGAUGAUGAUGAUGACCGCCGUAAGACGGUGUACCUGCAUGCACCGGAUCGCGAACGCCAGCUGGAUAUCAACCUCAAUCUUCCAGCGGUGCCGGAAAAUGAGGGUUUGAAAGGAUUGGAGAGGAAUAAAGUGAGGAGGCUGAGUGAUUUACGAGACGUGAAGUAUGGGGAAGGGUGGCUGCAGAUGGGGAUUGCAUCUUCUGCAGAAUUUUGA